AUGCCAGCCCUUUCCGAAACUGUUACGCUUAACAAUGGAACCAAGAUGCCUCUCGUAGGCCUUGGUUGCUGGAAAAUCCCAAACGAUGUGUGCGCUCAGCAAGUUUACGAUGCUAUCAAGAUCGGGUACCGCUUGUUCGAUGGGGCCCAGGAUUACGAAAACGAAAAGGAGGUCGGCCAAGGUAUCAGAAAGGCCAUCGAUGAGGGCCUUGUAAAGCGAGAGGACCUGUUUGUCGUGUCUAAAUUGUGGAACUCGUACCAUCGUCCAGAGCACGUCAAAUUGGCGUUGCAAAAAACGCUUGACGACCUAGGAUUGGACUACUUGGACUUGUUCUACAUCCACUUCCCACUGGCUUUCAAGUUCGUUCCUUUCGAGGAGAGGUACCCUCCGGGGUUCUACACAGGCGCGCAGGACGAGAAGGACGACCACAUCUCGCUCGAGAAAGUCCCUGUCCUCGACACGUAUCGGGCGUUGGAAAAGCUCGUCGACGAGGGCCUUAUCAAGAGUAUCGGGAUUUCGAAUUUCCGCGGUAUCUUGGUGCACGACUUGCUACAGGGUGCUCGCAUCAAGCCUGUCGCGCUACAGAUCGAACAUCACCCUUACUUGACGCAAGAGCAGCUUGUCCAGUACUGUAAGCAGCAGGACAUCCAGGUUGUUGCGUAUUCGUCGUUCGGUCCCCAGUCCUUCAUCGAGAUGGACUUGGAGCUAGCCAAGACGGUGCCAACGCUGUUUGAGCAUGAGACCGUCGAGAAGAUCGCGCAGAAUCACAAGGUUUCGACAUCGCAGGUACUCUUGAGAUGGGCCACGCAACGUAAGAUUGCAAUCAUCCCCAAGUCAUCCAAGAAGGAGAGACUGCUACUCAAUCUGACCGUUGACGAACAGUUGACGCUCUCACAAGAAGAGCUCGCCGCGAUCUCGGGUCUCAACAAGGAUAUUCGCUUCAACGACCCGUUCGGAUGGUUGGACGAAGGUUUCCCAGUCUUCUCUUAG